GCGCGUACAGUGAUGUCUUGAAUUGUUAUUGUAGUGUAAGUGGAAUCUAUAAUAACAAACUACGUGUAAAAUUUGUACGGCUUCGUUUUGGUUAUACCAUCUAAUAAUAUUUGAAUCAAUAAUUUACAUAACAAUCAAGCAAGGAGUGAACCUUUAAGAAGAAGAAAUGUACGGCUUCGUUAAUUACGCACUUGAGCUGUUGGUGACUGAUUCCUUUGGCAAGGAAACAUGGGAGACGAUCAAGAAAAAGGCUGACGUGUCCAUGGAAGGCAGUUUCCUGGUGAGACAGAUAUACGAAGAUGAGAUUACUUAUAAUCUGAUAACAGCAGCUGUGGAGGUUCUACAAAUACCAGCCGAUUCCAUUUUGGAGUUAUUUGGCAAGACCUUCUUUGAGUUUUGCCAAGAUUCGGGAUAUGAUAAAAUUCUGCAGGUUCUCGGUGCUACGCCACGUGAUUUUUUGCAGAACUUAGAUGGUCUGCACGACCAUCUGGGAACUUUGUACCCGGGAAUGAGAUCACCAUCAUUCAGAUGCACGGAGAGACCCGAGGACGGCGCCUUAGUUCUUCACUACUACUCCGAUAGACCGGGACUGGAGCAUAUUGUUAUUGGGAUUGUGAAGACCGUGGCCAGCAAACUCCACAACACUGAAGUGAAGGUGGAACUGCUGAAGUCUAAGGAAGAAUGUGACCAUGUCCAGUUCCUUAUCACGGAGACAUCGACUACUGGUCGGGUGUGCGCGCCGGAGAUAGCCGAGAUUGAGACAUUGUCUUUAGAGCCCAAAGUGAGUCCAGCUACGUUCUGCCGCGUGUUUCCAUUCCACCUGAUGUUCGAUCGGGAACUAAACAUCGUUCAAGCUGGACGCACCGUCUCCCGUCUGCUACCAAGAGUCACUAGGCCUGGAUGCAAGAUCACGGAUGUUUUGGAUACGAUUCGACCGCAUCUUGAGAUGACGUUCGCAAACGUCUUAUCUCAUAUCAAUACGGUGUACGUGCUGAAGACCAAAUCAGAGGAGAUGAGCGUCAGUGAUGCAACCCAUGACGAAAUAGCUCCAUUGAGACUGAAAGGUCAAAUGCUGUACAUUCCUGAAACUGAUGUGGUCGUAUUUCAGUGUUACCCCAGUGUAACAAAUCUCGAUGAUCUCACACGUCGAGGACUCUGUAUCUCUGACAUUCCUCUGCACGACGCGACCCGUGAUCUGGUCCUCAUGUCAGAGCAGUUCGAAGCUGACUACAAACUUACCCAGAACCUGGAGGUCCUGACAGACAAGCUGCAGCAGACCUUCCGCGAACUUGAUUCGGAGAAAAAGAAAACCGAUCGUCUUCUAUACUCGGUGCUACCCAUCAGCGUAGCAUCGGAGCUCCGACACCGACGGCCCGUACAGGCGCGUCGAUACGAUCCCGUGACCUUGCUGUUCAGUGGUAUCGUGGGAUUCGCUAAUUACUGCGCCAACAACACCGACCAUAAAGGUGCUAUGAAGAUUGUAAGGAUGCUCAAUGAUCUGUACACGGCAUUCGAUGUCCUGACUGAUCCGAAAAGGAGUCCAGAUGUUUAUAAGGUGGAGACGGUGGGUGACAAGUACAUGGCAGUGUCAGGACUACCUGAAUACAAAGUAGCACAUGCUAAACAUAUUUCGCUCCUGGCUCUGGACAUGAUAGAUCUAGCGCAAACUGUCACCGUGGAUGGCGAACCUGUUGGAAUUACCAUUGGCAUCCAUUCUGGAGAGGUGGUGACUGGAGUUAUAGGUCACCGCAUGCCGCGUUACUGUCUCUUCGGGAACACAGUGAACUUGACCAGCCGUUGUGAAACCACCGGUGUACCGGGCACUAUCAACGUGAGCGAGGAUACUUACAGUUACCUGAUGCGUGAGGACAACCAUGACGAUCAAUUUGAGCUGACAUACCGCGGCCACGUGUCCAUGAAGGGUAAAGCUGAACCGAUGCAGACUUGGUUCCUCACCAGGAAGAAGAUGUAAGAGAAAUCUGCAAGGUCGAAGAAUUCAUCAAAUUAUCUAAGCACAUUAUAUUAUAGAAAUCUAAUAGCAUCUAUAGCUUUGGCUAUUAAAGGGUCUCUUAUGAUAAGAAGAACGACGGAAGCCGUACAUUACAUGUUAGAAUAUCUUGACUUUCACUAUUUAUAUUAGAAUUCAAAGUUUCAGUGACAGGUUGAUAGAAAUCUGAUUACGUGAUUACUAUUUUUUUUAGUACACUACUUAAGACACUUUCAAUGAUCUUUCGGAUAUUAUAUUUAAAACUGUUUGCAUUUUAAUUUUAGACGUAAUGCUGACAAUGCUAAGUUUAUGGAAAGUGAUCUCUUGAAUAGUAAUGUAGUCCUAUAUAUGGCAGUUUGUAUUACUAAUAGUUUUUAUUAUAGAUGCACUCUCAUUAUUAAAUAAAAUAUCAUUACCUAUAUUAUUAUUAAUGUAGAAUUUAUUAGAUAUUAAAAUUGAUGUAGAAAAACUAUCUACAAUAUACUCAUCGAUCUGUUAGCAUAUGUAAUGAAAGGAUUAAGAAAUGCUUUUUUGGUGUAAUUACCUUUAUUUAAGGAGUUUCCUAAUAAGAUAAUGUCUAUUUUUUCC